CAACAAACGAGGUGGAGGUGGCGAAUGCUGAUGCGACCGGUGACGCGUCAGUGAACGUCAGUAUGUUGUCCGUGGUCUGUGUGUUUUGCUUAUCCCAUUAGUUCAGUGCAGGAGUGUCGUGACACUAGCAGAAUGACUGUGUGGCAUGUUUGGAGAGGAGACCGUUUCUCGUUGCCUUAGUGUGACGUGGGAAACUAUCUCGUAGUGAACCAAAUUGAACUCAUUGUAGUUAAGUGAAAUACUAAACCUUCGCCAUGGAAUCCUUGUACCAUCAGACUAAUAAACUGGUGCAGGAAACUCAACAUCGCUUUUCACAGCUGGAAAAGGUCAAUUCUGCUAAUACCGAGUCGGUCGAAAAAGAGCUCCAGGCUAGAAUAGAUCAGAUUACAAGCAAUUGCGAAAAGCUGGAUAUAAUGCUCUUCAAGGAGCCUGUGCAGCGCAGGCAAAAUGCAAAACUGCGAAUUGAUCAAUUGAAGUAUGACAACCAGCACUUGCAGGCAGGACUACGAAUGUUUCAACAUCGUCAGUAUCAAAGAUUGCGUGAAGAACAAGAACGUGAGGAAUUGUUGAAUCGACGAUUCACCCAGAACAGUGAGGCUGACACGAGUAUCUUCAUUGACCAUACACUCCAACACAAUAUGUCUCUUCAGAAUGCUAACCGUGGGAUGGAUGUUAUGCUACAAUCUGGAUCCAGCAUUCUGGAAAAUCUUAGAGACCAAAGAACUACAAUAAAAGGGGCUCAUCGGCGUUUGUAUGAUAUUGCAAACACUCUUGGACUGUCUAAUCAUACCAUGAAACUAAUUGAGCGCCGUGCAUACCAAGACAAAUUCAUUCUCCUUGGUGGAAUGAUCUUCACAUUGUUUGUUAUUGGCAUUGUUAUUGUUUACUUCACGUAGCAGUGGCCGACUGAGAUAUUCCUGUGUCUGCUUGCUCAUAUCUCGUAUUUAUACAUACAAACUGUUGAUUACAACUGUACAAGAACAGGGUUUUGGUCUGUCAAAUUACUCAGGCUUGUGAUUUUGCAGGAAAACAUGAGCCAAAGGAAGAUUUUUGAUUACUUGAAGUGCACAUCAUAUUUAUACUCAUAUUUAUGUAACAGUUAUAAACUUUUUAAGUGCAAGUUGUCAUUGUCAGUGAGGAUUUGACAUUUGGAAGAGUAGAAGUUGGAACAAAGCAUUAUGUUUUUGACUACCUAAGAAUAAAAUCCAAUGCUGUCAUCAGUUGUUUGGCUGGUUUGUGUAUAUCACAUCAUUAUGUGCCUAAUAGUUUCCUAACCGUUAAUAGCAAAAAGUUUAUUUGAGAAGUUCCAAUUAUUCUUGUAGUAGAGGAAACUUUUGGGAUUUGUUCACUAAGAUUGGUAUUUAUGAUGAUUGUAAACAUCUUACCAAGUUUCAUUCCUGUUCCCUGUUCAAAUAAACAUGUUACACAUUUUGAUAUAUUUAUGUAUGUUGGAGUUGUUUGUUACCUAGUUAUAUGCUUUGACAGGGCUAGGUCAUGCUAUCUCUAUGGAUUAUGUUUUAAUAAAUAUUUAAUAAUGCUUGUGUUGUCAUUUUUUAAACAUGACAAGUUUUGUGUUGUAAACUUAGUAAUUUUUUUUGUUUGUUUGUUUUUGUUGUAGUUGUAAAGAAUUACAGGUUAAGAUGACUGUCACCUCAGUUGGUACCC